GCCCGACACGCACUUUAGUUCAAAUCGCGGACCGUGGUCCGCGUCCGGGGGCCCGGCGAGUCAUGUCUGUCUGCGUGGUCGACGUUACUCCGGGACUAAACGGCCGCAGCGCUGGCGUUGCGGUGGAGCGAUCGCCCGGCUUUUCCACGGCGCUGGUUUUUGUGGUAUGGUCCGGUUGGGACCGAGAACCUGCAGGGUUAAAACAGGGGGGGAAUUGAAUCCGCUAUUGAUUAUACCAACUCGGUUUCCGAAUGAGUCGACGGAGUCGCGGCUUCCCGCCGCGGCUUGACGUGUCGACGCGCGGUUGUGUUUGGGCACAUUUCGCCGCCACCGAGCCCGGCGGCCUGGCGGGCAGAGGUCGGCCGCGUCUCCCCUCCGCCCCCCCGCUGAGAGAUCCGUGAGACCGCGCUGACAUGCUGCCUGAUGUGCCGGCCCCGCGGCCGAAGCGCAGGGUCGCUGGCACGGAGUGUCCGCCGCAGGUGGCACAUGAGGCGUCCCCGGCUGUCGCAGGAGUGACGGGCCUGGAUCCGAGCUGCCAUGGAGACCAAGCAGGAGUGGAGUCAGGCCGCCAACAGUGAUUCAGACGGCGCCACGCAGGUGCACUUUGAAGGCAGCACGGUGGCCCAGAUAGUGUACAGCGGAGACCAGGCGGAGCGGGGACAGCAGCAGGUGGUUUAUACAGCAGACGGGAACUCCUUUGCCGCCGUGGACUCCGCGGAGCACACGCUGGUCUACAUACACCCUGCAGAUGGCACUCAGACUGUAUUUGCUGAUCAGCCACAGGUGGCUUACAUACAGCAGGAUGGUACCACUCAGCAGGUCACGGUUUUGCUGCCCAGCGGACAGAACAUGAAUGCCGCCAAUCUGCACGUCCUCAGUAACGUGGCAGAAGCCCCACAAGCCAUCCUGGAGCCAGUUUCACAGGAGCAGCUGUCCGUGUCCAACUCGCUCACCUCCAUGGUGGACAUCGCGGAGCCCCCCACCAGUCCCCUCGGGGCAACAGACACCACAGAUGACUCUGACGAAGACGAGGAAGACGAAUCCGAGAUGGAUGAGUGGGAGCCUCGUCAGCCUCAAUCAUUCAACCCCCACAGCCUCUGGUGCGAGGAGUGCAACAAUGCCAACGCCUCAGCCUGUCUGAAACACGGCGCGCUGCACCCCAUCCCUAACCGACCGGUGAUGUCCAAGGCCCGGGCCAGUCUGCCUCUGGUCCUCUACAUCGAUCGCUUCCUGGGCGGGGUGUUCUCCAAGAGACGCAUCCCAAAGCGCACACAGUUUGGUCCCGUGGAGGGACCCCUGGUUCCCCAGAGCGAACUACAGGACCACUACAUCCAUCUGAAACUGUGUCUGCUGGAUGCGGAGAAAGACGGAGAGAAGUCUAACGACAUGUGGUUGGACCUCUCCGAGGAGGACAGCUGUAACUGGAUGAUGUUUGUAAGGCCUGCGCAGAACCACCUGGAGCAGAACCUGGUGGCCUAUCAGUACGGCUCCGAGAUCUUUUACACAACCAUCAAGAACAUCCAGCCAAAACAAGAGCUCAAGGUGUGGUAUGCGGCAUCAUAUGCUGAGUUUGCAAAUCAAAAGAUCCACGACGUGACAGAAGAGGAGAGAAAAGUGUUGCAGGAGCAGGAGAAGAACUGGCCCUGUUACGAGUGCAACCGUCGCUUUGUAAGCUCGGAACAACUGCAGCAGCAUCUCAACAUGCAUGACGACAAGUUAAACUCUGCUACGAGGUCCAGAGGCCGAGGUCGGGGAAGAGGCAGGAAGAGAUUUGGGACGGGAAGAAGACCGGGGCGACCACCUAAGUUCAUACGUCUGGAUCCACCUGUAGACGCUGGUGCGGACAAGACAACGGAGAUGCUGGAGCUGACGGAGAAGCAGCCACUGGAGGAGCAGGUGGAGGUUGCUCAGAACGGGCUGAAGGUGGUGGAGAUGGAGCUGGAGGCCGAGGACGGGCCCGAGGCGGAGGGUCAACUACAUCCUGCCGAGGAACCGGUCCCCGAGUCCGUCACCCCACCCACCAGCACAGACCUGCCGGUUCCAGUGAAGGAGGACCCGGCACAGGGCAGCCAAUCAGACGCCCACCUCACAUCUCAGGACCUGCGCCGUGCCAAGAGGAUACGGAAUGCAGCACUGCAGCACCUUUUCAUCAGGAAGAGCUUCCGUCCUUUCAAAUGCACCCACUGUGGCAAGGCCUUCCGGGACAAGGACAAGCUGGAUCAGCACCUGCGGGUCCACGGCCGGGACGCCUACGCCUUCUCCUGCCACAUCUGCAGCAAGACCUUCAUGAGCGACUCGGCCCUGGAGGACCACCUGCUGGUGCACGCGGAGAACCGUUCCUACUCGUGUCUCUUGUGCCCAGACACCUUUGAAAAGCUGGACCUGCUCAAAGACCACAUAGGAGUGCAUGCGGUUGACGGCUGCUUCACCUGUCCCUCCUGCAAGAAGACGUUUACUGACUUCAUCCAGGUGAAGAAGCACAUACGCUGCUUCCACUCAGAGAAGAUCUUCCAGUGCCCGGACUGCGAAAAGGCCUUCUGCCGGCCGGACAAGCUGCGCUUGCACAUGUUGCGCCACUCCGACCGCAAAGACUUCCUGUGCUCAACCUGCGGCAAACAAUUCAAGAGGAAAGAUAAGCUGCGGGAGCACAUGCAGCGCAUGCAUAAUCCCGACCGGGAGGCCAAGAAGGCGGACCGGAUCCACCGCUCCAAAACCCUCAAGCUGAAGGUGCCCAACACGGACUUUGAGAGCUUCAUGUUCAAAUGCAGAGUGUGCAUGAUGGGAUUCAGGCGCAGAGGAAUGCUGGUUAAUCAUUUGUCAAAGCGUCAUCCUGAGAUGCGCAUUGAUGACGUGCCCGAGCUGACGCUGCCCAUCAUCAAGCCCAACAGGGACUACUUCUGCCAGUAUUGUGACAAGGUGUAUAAGAGUGCCAGUAAGAGGAAAGCCCACAUACUAAAGAACCACCCGGGGGCGGAGUUGCCCCCCAGCAUCCGCAAGUUGCGACCAGCCGCUCCCGGUGAACCCGACCCCAUGCUGAGCACACACACCCAGCUGACUGGCACCAUCGCCAGUGCGCCGGUCUGCUGCCCACACUGUGCCAAACAGUACAGCAGCAAGACCAAGAUGGUUCAGCACAUCAGGAAGAAGCAUCCAGAGUUCGCCCAGCUCGCCAACACCAUCCAGGCUCCUUUGACAGCCGCCGUGAUCAGCAGUGCUCCUGCCGUCAUCAGUGCGGACGGAGCCACAGCAGAGGCCGUAGUGACCACAGAUCUGCUGACGCAGGCCAUGACGGAGCUUUCUCAAACGCUCACCACAGAUUACCGGACAGCGCAGGGAGACUACCAGAGGAUUCAGUACAUCCCCGUCUCCCAGGCAGGAGGCAGCCUGUCCCAGUCGCAGCACAUUCAGUUGCAGGUGGUGCAGGUGGCUCCGGCUUCCUCCCCACACUCGCAGCACCCGACAGUAGACGUGAGUCAGCUGCACGACCCUCACGGCUACAGUCAGCACUCCAUCCAGGUACAGCACAUCCAGGUCACUGAGCCCUCGGGCAACGGACAGGGUGGUGCCCAGGUAACUGGUCAGCCACUAAGCCCCGCCUCCCAGCAGGCCAGUCAGGAGCUGAGCCCAACCCAGCUGACCCCCGUCACCCUGGCUCAGAGCCACACCCUGCAGUCCAGCAGCACGCAGCAGCAACAGGGGACCGUCCAGCACGCCUACAUACCUGGGAACUGGAACUACCGCGGUUACUCAUCCGAGAUCCAGAUGAUGGCUCUACCUCAUGCUCAGUAUGUGAUAGCUGAGACAAGCACACCUGUGUCCGGGGUCAACAGCAACCAGGUGAAAACGACGCACUACGUCAUCUCCGAGGGUCAGACUGAGCUGGAGAGCAAACAGACUGUUUCUCAGAGCUCAACCCAGGCCCACACUGAACAUCUGGAGCAGCAGCCGACCAAUCAGCAGGCCACCACGCAGUACAUCAUCACCACGACAACUAAUGGCAGUGGCGCUAGUGAAGUUCACAUCACGAAACCGUGAACUGUGCCGUGGUGAACUCUCACAGACUGAUCCGCGCAUGUAGACCUCAGAAGCUAGUACGCACAUGAAAUGAACGAAAGUAAAAUGUCAUAUGCAAAUGGCAGAAAAAAACAGAUUUUGGUUUCCUACAGAAAUAAUAAGGGGCUGAAUAGAUGACAAACACAGUUUUAUGUGUCUGUAAGUCAUAGUAAGGAGAACAAUGCAAACUUUCGAUUGUGAACAGAAUAUAUGGAAACAAAAGGUAAACUGAACACUUGCUUUGGAUACAAACUAUGGAAACUUUUCAGAAUUUUUUUAAAAAUGGAAUUGCUCAAACUGUGAGGGACAUUAUAUCAAAUCCAGGGUUCCUGCGCAAGUUUUACGGUACAGGAAGUUAAAGAAAUCAUUCUAAGGCCUGGACAAGGUGGAUAUGUUUUGUUGCUCCGUCAGUCCUUUUACAUAUUUGUAAAGUUAUAGACAUUUCUUGAAGUAUAGUUCUGUAAAUGAAAUCUGAAGUCUGCAGAGAAUUACAGAAGUGAAAAACACGGAAAUACUGAAUAGAACAAUCCUGAAAAACAGGUCAUCAUGUUUUUGUCCAAAGAAAGUGAACCACACAUCCUCUGUUGUGCAGUAUGUUUGUUUAUUGUCUCUGAUAACCAAUAGGAUUUUUUUCCUCCAUUAACUUCCCACUUUGAAAUGUCACACACAUCUGCUUUUUUAAAUUCACAUGCUGGGCUGUUCUUUAAAAAAAAAAAGAUCUAAAUUUCAAUGUCACAACCAUGACACUUGUUUUUAUUGUGAAAUUAUUUUUUGUUCGGACCCUUCCAGACUCGCUGUGGGCUUUAGGGGUCAGUUUGUAAAGUUAAUUAUGGCAAUUGGUUCGUAAUAUCAUGCAGCGAUCGUCACGGUUACAACUGACCUUUAAACGUGUGGACUGUUUUGGUUUUGACAUAUCCAAAAGGUAUAUCAUCACAAAACUGUAUGGCAGCAGGACUCGGCUCCCUGCUGUGAUGCGAGGUGUGGCCACAAAUGAGUUCUGCGACACCUGCAACCGCACCCACCAGUGAUGUCACAAGGUCCCGAUAAACACCUGUACAUCUUGACAGAAGUUGAACCGCUGAAGGUUAGAAGAGAAACCAUUUUUUAGGGGUGUUAGAUUUCUCAAUAUCAAGAAGGAGAUCGUGUAUUUUAAUUUUUCGGUUUAAUAAAACCAGAGCAACACUACCAACAGCAACCCUGCUGAUGGAAAGCUUA